AUGCAUGCAAAGAUAGUAGCGUGCAGAUGCUUUCAGCGCAACUACACCUGAUGAAUGCACACGACACACACAUUGCGCACACACAACCCACUGCUAAAGCACACACCGCCGAGCAUCGCAUGGCGCAUACCCAGCCUGUAGUGCGACGUCGGCACUUGGGCCUGUCGCGUCGACCCGUACACAUACAACACGCUCGCGAGGAGAGAUACGGUUACAACCAAGCUAUAUCACACAAGACUAAUGUAGUUGUUCGUGUACAUGACGAUGUAGAUGUAAAUUUAAAGUCAAAGUUCGAUAAGGGCAAGUACGCACGCGGCAGCAUCUCACAACAUGCUGGGUCGACUGAGGUGAGAAGCGAUGGCGAAGGUCUGGGCCACACAGCAGCGACAACAAACACAAAGGGGGUGGCGCGUGCUAGUAGCGAGCUCGAUAAACUGAUACGGGAGGAUGGUGCAGUCAGCGUCCACGGGGCGUUCAGUACCAGUGAUAAGGUAGUUGUCCGCGAUUCUACAAUGGAAUCGGCUGCAGGAGAUAUCUCAGUUAUCAUAAGCGAUAGGCAAGUACCUGCCCAUAUACCCAAGAGCUCGGAGAAAGAGGCUCACAAACCUGCCAUGCCCUUGCCCACUGGAACGGUCAAAGCAAACAGUGCAUCGACACAUAUCACUGAUCUGGUGGCCGGAAGUGGUGCAGCAGUACACGACACGAAAUUCGACAAAGCACGUGGUGCAUUAGCAGCCAAUGCUGAAGCGGCCGCAUCGGAGGGUAUGUGUGUGGACAACCGUGUGGUCGAGGACUGUCGGCGGAUAGCGCAGAUGCUAUUCAACCAGAAGUGGGCCAAAGGCUUCAUUGAGGACGCGAGUCUGGACAACAAAGGAUGCUUGAAUAUCACUGAGAUCCUAGCCAAGUCCAAGAAUGGGGCCUACACCAGUGUGUCGCAGCUGUCAGAGGAUAUCUCCAAGAUGAUCCAGAUGUAUCUGCAAACAUACGCGGCCGAUUCCAAACCUGGGCGUAUGGCCACUGAACUGCAGCGAUGGGCAAGGCAUCUGCUGGAAACGCGCUACAACGCCAGCCUAACGCCUGGACGGCCAGACAGGCAAUGCGCGGCUGCAGCGACGGUGCCUAAACAUACCCCGCCCGGAAGAUCGGCAGCUAAGGUAAAGCAGCCAUCGAUUAAGCCUGCCGAGUGUCUUGGGGUUGUUGGGCAUGAUCACCGCCGGUGUGCAUCUGCAGAGAACUCUGCACCCGAAGCUGGCUCGGCGCCUAUCACCACGUACAGUAGCGAACUUAGACAGCUCGUUGAACAGCCAGUAGAUGCUACUUGUGUGCGCGAUCGCACUUGUAAGCGACGGGUAUCUGGCGCUAAAGCUUUGGCGCCAUCGCAACCAUCGCCUGAGGACACGAACCAAGACACUACCAAAACUCAUGCGAAUAUACAAAUGAACCAUAUAAGAAAGGGUGGCCAGAGUGAUUCUGGCGUAGCGAACAAGGCAAGUACGGGAGAAGGUGCAUGUAGCACCGCCGGUGCAACCGUAGUCACGUACCCAAGCAGCACGCAUACCACAACACAGACGAACUCAUUAAGUGCUGCGGGGACGGCUUGUGCCGCAGCUCGUGACUUGAACCCGCUAGCACCCACCAGGGACACGCAGCUGCUGGGCAACCCAGUGCCUGCAGAUACAGGCAAACCACGCAGGGUAACGAAAGGCGAAGGUACUACUCUGACGAGCACGGUAUGUAGUGCUUCUGACCUUACAGACGGCAGGGAGAAACCCCCACAGAGCAAGGCAAGUGCACUGGGAGAGGCUAGGGAUGAUGGCGGAAAGAUUCGCCGCUCCAGCAGGCUGCUCGAUCGGGCUUCAGCCUCGGCCUCGGCUUCUGCGUCGUCGUCAGGGAUAGUAUCAUUGUCGCAAACACCCACACGCACACCUGAGCUCUCGCCAUCUUCUGUCUCUGGUGAAUUUAUAUCUGGAGGAAGGGGGUCUGAAGAUGCAGGUGAGUCCAAGACAUGUGUCCAACCGGCCUCGGCAGCUGAAUUGGCUGUUACAGACAAGCCCUCGACAACGCUCAAGCAGCUGAAAGCGCUGGCUUUGUCUUGCGCAACAAUCGGAGAGUCUGGUGACACGGAUGCCCCAGUCAGACCAAAAAUUACCCACUCACGGGAGGAUCUGGGUCGCACCAAGAAGCAUGCAACGUACAACAAGAAACAUCAGCGGGUGAGUAGUGGCCGUGGAACCCUGCAUGCGCUGUGGGGCCAACUGAACCCCACGUGUGAGACUGACGCCGACGGUAUACCGCCUCAAGAGCGCACAGAGCGACUGGAUAGGCUGAGUGGGGCAAGCAACAAGCACGGUGCAAAGGGAAGCGGUGCUAGUCUCGGGGUACUGGAUGCCAGUACACUUGUGAGCAAGGAUGUGGGCGGGGUAGCCGUUGUGCAGCAGAAGGAAGUAUCAGCUACGGCAAUGAUAGGGCUGUCUGGUGAUGAGGCCGUGCUUGACCAGAGCUGGGGCAGAAGACUGGAUAGCGACGGGGGCAGGCGAGAUGUUACCGAGUGUUCACAAACAGGAACAAGGUCACCAGAGACUGAGAAAGCUCACACUCGGAAUGGACACUCGCAGCAAGAAUGGGAUGAGCUGGAGGAGGGUGAUGGUUUAGUUGCUAUAGAGAAACGAUCGGUACAUAUUGAUGGACAGGAGAACGAGCAACCACACGGGAGUGACAAACAGCAAAUAAAGUAUACACGACAAGGACCCAAUAAACUACAAGGAAGUAUUAAACGAGAAAGAAGUAUUAAACGACAAAAAAGUAAUAAACGACAGGUGGAAACGACGCGGAAGGAAGGAGGCCAGCGACGGGGGCGCCCUGAACACCACAGACGCGGACGAACAUUGAAGUUGAUGAGGAAAUCCAACGAGCAGGUGAAACCACCCAGCCCACCCAUUGGCGUAGGCAUGACCAGUAUGACUACACAGUACAUAUCGCGUGCUGAAGGAGAAGCUAAUGCAGCGCCACAGAAGUGUGUGGGAUUAGACAGACCGAAACUCAAUGAAGAGCCUUCGUCCGCAAUAGCCGAUACUGCACAUAGCCCUGACAAUAGUCAGACGGAAGUCGCGCCCUCGAGAGGUGGGUUAACAGAUCUACCUAGAGCGGUACUGCAGAGUGCAUUACGCGACGUAGAGACAGCUGCGCGGAUUGAAGAAGUGUCUCACUUGGCCGAUAACGAUGGACGGCUGAAGGCGAUACCAACAGUGGUGCAAGAAAUCGCACAGAGAGUCGACCGGGAUACAGACUCUGACCACAUGUCCGAAGACAUUGGCUCAGUACUAGGACCUGGAGAUGCACACUUGGGGCCUGGUAGUGGUACAACGGACGCCGAGGCCGUGCAUGCACCGCGAGGGCGACUGAGACUUACCCGAGGGCCGGCUAAAGCGACUGGCACCAAGCUACGUGGUCGUAGAGAGAGGUAUAGUCCCAAGCACAGUAGCAACUCGACGAAGGUUGUGAGCUCGACAAUGAGUGCGGAGGUGAAAGGGAGUAUGGGUCAUUUAGUGGAGAGUCCGGAUGAGCAGCGCUGUGAUCUGGCACAGAACGUGACGUCCGAAUAUAUUGACUCUUCGGAGAUCCGUGCAAAUGAAGCCUAUCUGCCGUCACCGUCGACAGAUACUACUGAAGCGGUAGUUAGCUGCGUACAUGUAGACACAGGCGAACGCGCUGGUGUGGUGACCGGCACACAGACAGCUCAUCAUAUCACUACCUCUACCCCGUCCUAUGGCAGGAAUAACAGUGAUGCAUCGACACCAAACACCCUGUCGAACGAGAGACCCUUCAACUACCGUUGCGCUGCAAAUAGAGUCGUAUCCCAUCCAAUAAGCGGGCCAGCAGAGAAAGUGUUAUGCGCGCGCUCCCCAUUCAAGCGGUCUCAUUCGCCUCUGGAUUUGAAUUUGUCCUUGGAUUUGGAAUCAAGCUUUGAUAGGCCGGCGAGAGAAGGGGCGGCUGCGCUGGAGUCAGGCAGCAACGCACACCAGAUGGGAACACACAGCGAUUCAGACAAUUUGAUGUCACCCAUACCACUCUACACAUGCACUGCAACAGCAACUGUUUCGUGCGGAGAGAGUCUUCACGAUACUGUGCCUGCAGAGAGCGACAGGCCUGGCCCCGAGCAGUUGGCUAAGUCUGUGCGCCGGAGGCUAUCGGUACGCAGACCUCACGCGUGCAUUAUCGGAUCCAACGGUGGGCCGAGCAACGUCGCAGAGGGAGCCGAAACAAAUGCAGAAACCCCAACACUCGCCCUUGUCGCUGGAGGCGUGCACACAGUCUCAGACACGGGCGGGUGUGUGGGUGCGAACCCAACACAGGUCAGUGUCCAUAAUAGCGUACGCAGUCAACAAGUCAUGAGCCCACCGGCAAGACCAGGGGAUAGGCUAUUGGACCGAGCGACACAACCUACGGGACGUUUAGGUAUGGUCAAAACAAUGGUUGCCAAGACCCGCUUACCAGAGGAUACUUGUGCUACAAUAGAUACAGAUAAAUAUGCAGAGCCUCACACGAAGCACGUGCGGGGGGACCACGAAUACCAGGCCUUGUGUGCAUCACCACAGAAGUGCCCAACGGAGCGUAUAUGUGCAACCUCUUCGCAGCAGCCAGGUGGUGUUGUACAGCGUGCGGUUGGUAGAGGAGUGGCCGGGGUCAAAGUGGAGAUAGGGGCACAGCAACUAUGUAGUGAGACACUAAGAGACACUCCAUCGGAGUCUGGAGACCAGUCCCCAUCACACCAGAAUGCCGAAGGAGAGCAUCAGAAUGCUAUAGACAGCGAGGCUACAGUGGCGGUGAAUACCGCACGUGUGAUUGCUGACCAACGAAAGAGCAGUAGCGCGGAUGGCGAUGCUGUUCGCAAAGGAAAAAGGAAUAGGGACGGGUCAGUUGCCAGAGUUACUGACAAUGGCAGUGGCCGUGGUUGCAAGGCCAAGGGUAUCAGCCGGAAACCAAGCGACCCAAGCAAGGGACUGGCGAGGAAACAUACUUCGAGAAAGGAGAAGGAGAAGAAGAACACGCGCACGGGCAGCGAGACUGUCCGCGAGGAUGAGAGCAGGAAAGGGGAAUCCCUGUGUGUUUUCGACAAGUCCAAAUUGUCUGAUCAAUCGGACGGGUCGGAUAGGUCCGAUGAGUCGAAUAGGUCCGAAAAGGCCCAAAAAUCUGGCAAAGCCAAUCGGAUCGACCACAAGCACCGCGGCAAGGUCCGUGGUGGUGGCAGCAGCAAGCGCAGAGCGCCUGGGGCAAUUAGUAGGACACGUGGUGACGGGGAGACUCGCAGUAGCACCUGUACGACUGGCUGCAAGAGUCGUUCUAAGUGUGUGCACUGCAAAUACAACGCUGAUCAGGAACAGCACAGUCUUGAUACCAGCCUAAAGCAUAGCAGUACAGGCCACAAACUCCACGUAUCACGCAAGGUGAACCCCUACAGUACUGCGACUAAGCGAUUGGCUUGCUUGUUGGGCCUUCCAACGGGCCAUGUGAAGCAGUCAAAGCUAUCCUUUGUCAAGGCUGUACCCAGCCGCAGCAAGCACAUCAUUACAGACAUAAGCGCAGAUAGUAUACAAACACUACCAUCCGACUCGGUGCCGGGCAGUCGCGACAAAAGCAAAAUUAUGAGCCCGCGCGCAGUAGAAACUCAGACGACACUCCCUUGCCUACCUACCGAGAGACAAUCAGCUGCAUCACGCUCACGCUUCCCACCUUCUGUACCUUCAUCACUAUGUACGGUCAACAGUGCAUGCGACAAGCUGUUAACUAAGGUGUCAGUACCCACUAAGUCACGGCCGCGGAGAACCCUGAUGGGAUGCUCACUAAAACGAAAGCUGGGUUCCACUGGAUCAGACGCUGGCCAUACAACUAGUGGAGGGAAACGUUCUCGCAACGCUGAGCUUUGGACGGAAUCAACAUCACUAUAUCUACAUACGACAAAAUCUGAUCAGCGCUCAAGACCAUGCACAUUCUCAAAAACCCAGGAUACUAACACCACAGCAACUACCCUAGGGCAAACUUCUGUGUCUGUGCUUGAAGAUAUAUCAAGUGCCAGAGUAGAUCCAAAACCAUUGCCGGAAUCACCUCCCGAUUCAGUGGCAGUGUCACUCUCCCCCGCAUCGUUGUCCAGAGUACUUCUGGCCAAGCUAUCUCACAGUACAACCAGCCGGAACGCUGACGGUAAGGCAAGUACCGCAUCUUCGACCCAGCUUGAAACCUUGGCUCCGUCAAAGGACACUACAGAUUGCCGCCUUAUGCGGCCGAGUGGUACAAGUGGGCUAGUACAGGGAAGUAGCAGAGUCACCUCGCAAGCAUCGCAGCCCAUCCCGUCAUUAUUGACUGAGUUCGAGUGCAAGGCAGCCCCGCCACCGGCAUCGACGCACGGAAAAGGAAACCCAAAACUCAAUUUACAUAGAAAAUCAUACCGGACUAUCAGUACUGCAGCAUCCACUACCGAGCGAGGACACGCAUUGGCUAUGAGUUCACCGGCGUCCGUCACCACCACUCAUACUGUCACCAGUGCGGCGUGGUCUGCCCAAGAAAUAUGUAGUAUUCCCCACACGGCCAAUUCGCAACUGGAGAAAGGAGUUUGGAAAUCAAUACCUUUACCGAAUACUGAUCCGGAUGUACCCCGUAUUCCUAUCAAGGUUACCACACAGCCAGAGAAGUGUAUAAAAAUGGUACGUAAGUCACGAAGGCACCACCUGCUAUCGGCCGACGUUGCGGUCGAGGGACAUAAGUCCGCGGAGUCCACAACUGUCACGGUAGAAGGAAUAAUCACUUCACCUGUGGAGGCACUUAGCGUAGUACGCGAGAAACCGCGCGUUCUAAGCGGUUCUCAGCGAAGCACAGCUACAGAACGCGUUGCAACACACGUGUCUCGCUCAGAGCCUUAUCGAGUGACAGGCACUUCUGGCUGCAACCAGGCCAGAGGAGGGGGGCGGACGAGGCAGCUGAGGGACCAAGUGAAGGGUGUUGCGAGCUCGACUACUGAAGGUACGGAUGUCAUUAGCAGUGUCGGUGCAGCAUCACCCAGUCAACUUGAUGACAGGGCAGUCAUGCCCGCCAAUACUGAGCAAUCUUCUAAGAUGACUACUGAUGUGCAUAAAACUGCGGGAUCGCCACCGUCGACUCUGUCGGGCGCACUACUCGCGUCGGCCAGGCAACGUGGACGUGAACUCGUAUCAGGCUCGCGCAGUACCAGUGGGAAACGGCGGAGGCCCAGGGAAUCGACUAGAAAGAAAACAGGUAUAGAUAUCACGGAAGAUAAAGCUUUCAAACUUGAGAAGCUGGCAUUGAAGCCCGCAACAGAAACAGCGCCGGCGACUUGUUCGAUCAGUGGGGCCUCUAAGUCCGAUUCCAGGCCAUUUGGUCAGCUGAGAGGGUCUGCUCGACGCAAGACGACCAGGAAGCCUGUGAAGACGAGGGAGGUGUCAAGCACAAAAGAUACCCGCAAGAAGGAAAUGGAUCGUAAGACGGGGGGGACUGGCAGUCUUCAGGGAGAUCAUAGUGUGAGUGGGAUAGACCAGGCGGCUGACACUGCCAGCCCGAGUGAGGUGUUGGGUGGAUGCGAUACAAUUGCAGUAGAAGGUGUGGGUGGCGAGUUGGCUGGUCAGGUACCCGUUGUAGGUAUAAAAUGCCCAAUCGUGGCAUUUGUAGCGCCCACUGUCGAUGGUAAGAUGGUCUCACCGCCGCCUGUGAAAGCUGCUGUCGUACUAGUAGCUGCGACUAAUGGGAAGUCCAUGUCCGUACCCGGCCACGAUGCGAAGGCUAGUGCAGAUCACUUGCCUGUGUGGGAGGAAGGUGUCGAUGAGCCGUUGCUGCCCAGCACACCUGCGCAAAAGAGAGACCGCCGGCGGAGGCGGAACGAGCAGUUACGACUAUGCAAAGAGCGAGAGAUCAAAGAGCGACGUGAAAAUAGUUGGCGGCGGCGGGCAGAGGCCGGCAUGAGUGAUCAGCCCACCCCGACAAAAGAUAUAAAUAGACGCGGUAUCUCAUGGAAGCGCGAUUGCGAGACCUAUUACAUAUACGACACGGGAGUUUUCAACUCAGUGUACGACCCAAGCGAACACAUGCAGGAUCCGGACACAGACAUGGUCAAUAAAUAGUGUCCUAACAAUUCCUGGUGGAAAUUGUUAGAUGCAAGAAAACCAUAAAUAUACUCGGUGCUACGUGAGAAGGGCAUAGGCAAAUGUUUGCAAUUUUGUAGAAGGCUGAGUGUCUAUGGAAUCGUACAUCGAUACAACACCAUAUCGGCCUCAGCCAAAUUUCGACAUGAGUGUCAGACAAACUAAAUGUAGGAGUGAACACAAAGGAUGCGGUACUAAUCCUCAAAACAGGUGCACAUAACGUCUCGAGUAUAGUAAAUAGGAUGGAAGGUUCCUAUUUUUCUGUCCAAAAAUCUCAG